AUGCCAAAUCCAAUGAAAACCAGCGGUUUCACAAAAGUUGUCUACACCUCCGGCGCAUCGCCGAUGGAGGAGGAUAAGGCGGUGAUUAAGGACUAUACGUUUGAGUGGGACGAGAAGGGAGUAGUAAAGAGGCUGGUGGUGUUUUAUAGACAUUUCCAGGACGCGGCGGUGCUGAGUGCGUUUUUUAAGGAAGAAUCAGAGAAACUCCAAAAAGGCGAAUCCGCUCCCGCCCCCACAAUCCGCAAAAUGCUAGUAGACCGUCAAUGGGCCGUUGAAGCCGCCAAAACCGCCUUCUUCGACGGAUUUGGCGUCUACAACCUCAUUACCUGCAUCACGGGCAAGCGCGGUCCCACGCUGCGGCGCAAAGACUCCAACGAAGUGACCCAACGGCGGAAGCUACACACCAUCGACUCGCGCCUCGACGUCAGCGCGAACUGUUCAAACUUCGUGUGUUCGCAGGACAGCGGGGGCUUUGCCGGCGACCUGUAUGCCGUUUUUGAUACGUUUGUACUGGACGACCGCGUGCCGACAAUUUCAGUGAGGAGGCCGGUGGGGAAGCGUAUGGUGACACUGGAUUCAUACGGGGAAGGCGAAAGGAAGGACCAGACAAAGGGGUCAGAACGGGAGCGGACUGAGUGGGAGGAGACGGAGUUAGGGGUUUAUAAGACGUUUGCGGAGGAGCUGGUGGCGAGUGCGCCGUCGGUGAAGGACGUGUUGCGGCAGACCAAGUCGUUCUGGAUCCCGUACUCGAUAUCGGAAGAUAGUCGGAUUGCAAAGACGAUAGUACUGUUUACGACGGAUGUGGAGCGGUCGUGGCAGACGUUCGAUGUGUCGACGGACGAUGAGGUGAAGAACUUCGUAGGUAUUCAGAAUAAGCAGCAGGCGUUUGAUUUUGUGGGCGGGCAGAUGCUAUUUAGGUUUUUGAGUAAUGAGAUAGCAUCGAAGUGGGCAGAGGUAAUCUCGGCGUGUGAAGAGCAUGUUAUAUCGCUAAAAGCUCGAGUGAUUGCGGAGACCACCGCAGAACUCGCCCAGAAGAUUUGGGAAGGAGAGGUCUUUUGGAAAUAUCUGGACCAGACAAUCGACAAACAGAUUGAAGUCCUGGAUAUGUUUUGUAGUGAGCUGCAGGCUGGGGAGGGAAGGAAUUCACUCAUCAAUUUGGAGGAUGAGGAUAUGAGAUGGAUACGAGAUCAGUUUCUGAGAUUGAAGCGACAGAUUGUGCAGAACUUGGUUGAGCCGACGCAUACGAAUUUGCAAAUGCUUUUUACUAUUGCGUCUCUUCGAGAGGCGCAAACGGCAAAUGCAUAUGGAGCAUCGAUGAACCGUCUCAGCUGGGUAACAUUCAUAUUUCUACCUCUCACCUUCCUAACGGGUGUUUUUGGAAUGAAUGUCGACACCUUCAACAACCACCCAUCAAUCGUAUGGUACAUAGUUGGGAUAAUUCCCCUCCUAAUCCUCGUGUUUUUGGCGUGGUUGCUUAUUCGACGAUUCCUGCUGGUUGAUCAAAACCAAAGCAAAAACCGUGCAAUAUUCCAACCAUGGCGCAUCAUUCGACGAGACGGAAGCUUCGCUUAA